UUUUUUUUUUUCUUCAAUAUCAGCAUGUCUUCAUCAAAAGAUGAUAUUUAUAUGACUAGAAAAGAUAAAGAUGAAGCAGAACAAACCUUCCUUCCCAAUCCUGCUACACAAAAACGACCUGCCAAUCAUCCUGUCACGUUGAUCGUACUUGUGAUUGCUUUUUAUUUCUUCAUCUCUUUAUCUGUGGUAUUCUUAAACAAGAUCAUCAUGAGUGGUUCCGACUUUAAUUAUGCUUUAUUUGUCACUUGGUAUCAACUUGUCGUGGCUCUUGUUUUACUUUUGGUACUUGCUCAUCUUGGAAAAACGAACAAGACUUUUAGUAUCAUUCCUCCUUAUGAAUUUGACCAACAAGUAGCUAAAAAAGUAGCACCAUUGACUAUUGUCUACGUACUCAUGCUUGCCUUGAACAAUCUUUGUCUACAAUAUGUUGAAGUUACCUUUUAUCAAGUAGCAAGAUCGUUGUCUAUCAAUUUUACAAUUCUUUUCACUUAUAUGAUUCUUGGAAAAACUACUUCCUUCCCAGCUCUGAUUGCUUGUUUUAUUGUGUUCCUUGGAUUUGCUAUCGGUUCUUAUGGCGAAAUCAAUUUCUCUUGGGCAGGUGUCAUUUAUGGUGUGGGAUCCUCUGCAUUUGUAGCAUUGUACGGGAUUUACGUUCAAAAGACAUUGGCUGCUGUGGAUAACAAUCAAUGGAAAUUACUUCAUUAUAACACUACCAUGGCUAUCAUCUUCCUAUUCCCUCUUGUCGUGUUUUCUGGCGAACUCUCGGAAAUCUUGGCUACCUCAACUGCUAUUUAUGAUCUUGGUUUUUGGGGACUCAUGACUUUUACUGGUAUCACCGGCUUUGGAAUCAAUAUUGCCAUGUUCUUACAGGUCAAGUAUACUUCUGCUUUGACAAAUACUAUCUGUGGUACCGCCAAGGCUUGUGUACAAACUGUUCUGGCCGUAAUGAUCUUUAGAAAUCCUAUUUCUGGCAUGAAUGCACUUGGUAUUCUUUUGGCUUUGUUUGGUUCAAGUUAUUAUGGUUGGGUACGCUAUCAAGAGCGUUUGUCAAAAUAGAAUUAGUGUAGUUUAUUAUCAAAAAUAUCUAUUACUGUAAAAAAAAAUAAAUAAAUACGUGUUCUUAUCAACAUUAUAACAUGAUGAAUAAAAAUACAAUAACUAUAACAUUUCUUAUCCAUCCAACAUGAAAUGUUUUAUAUCAUCA